CUUCUCCAGACGUUGGCAUUUUGCUUCACCAAUCCUUUCCCCGUCCGUGAAUCAGCUUCCGAACAACACCGGCGAUGGCUCCUCCAACGGUCGCCGACCGAUCCUCGGCGAGAAGGCGGAGUAAUAUUGAUGCAAAACCAGUUUACUCCCUAAGUCACGACAUCUUGUGCAUAAUCUUUUCGUUCCUCGACCUUUUCGACUUGGUUCGAUGCUCAGUUGUUUGUAAAUCCUGGAAUAAUGCUAUUUUUAAUUCCGAACUAUUGCGAACAUUUUGCAUGAAGCAUCAGAAGCAGGAGAUGGAGUCUUCUAGCUCUUUCGAAGUAUCAGCUUCUUCGGAGAAACCAUUGUUGGAAUGUUUAGAGGAAAUAGCGAUGGAACGACACAAGUUGGCGUUGGAAGAAGGUCGUAUAAGAGUUUCUCAAUGGAUGGGCCAUUCAGUGAGGGCUGAACAAUGCCGAAUGAAGAUGGGUUUGAUUCUUACAGGAGUGGGUGAUAAAGUUAUGAGACUUUGGUCGUCGGAGAACUUCAGAUGUCUGGAAGAAUAUUCCAUUCCGGAGAAACUGCCUCUAAUUGACUUUGAUUUUGAUGAGAGCAAGAUUGUUGGUUUGGUUGGUAGAAACUUGUGCAUAUGGAGUCGGAGUGGGAAACGAAGUAUAUUUCCUUCGCGUGAAUGUACGUUUGUGGAGGGUUCAUGUAUGCGUUACUUUGAUCCGGAGGCUGUUGUUGGUUGUGGAGAUGGAACAGCUCAUGUAUUCGACAUGUAUAGUAGGAGAUGCUCUAGAAUUGUCAGGAUGCUUCCUGGGCCAGUGACAUGCUUAUGUGUGGGUGAUGAUCAGCUCAUACUUGGGGGUUCCCUUCAUGGAAACAUUGGAGUAUCGGGUCUUCGGUCUGAUCAGCGGGUAGCAAUGCUUAGAUCAAGAAAUACCAUAGGCAUAAAGACCAUGUGUUACAAUGCUUCUUCACAUUUAGUCUUUGCGGGAUCAACUGCCGGACAUGUCUAUUGUUGGGACCUCAGGACAAUGAAACCUUUAUGGGAAUCCCGAGUGAGCCCGAAUGUCGUAUAUUCUUUACGACACCUCCAAAAUGACAGGUCAAGUUUGGCUGUUGGUGGAAUAGAUGGCAUUCUACGUAUUUUGGAUCAGAAUACAGGCACGGUGCGGUCGGGUUGUAUUAUGGAUAGUAGACUGUUAUCGACGUAUCAGAGCGGGGUUGGAGUCGUGGAAGAAAGGAUAGGAAAUAGACUGUCAGAUGAAACUCCUAUUGAUGCCAUACACAGAAGGAGUAGGCCUCCGAUCACAAGCUUAGCCGUUGGGAUGAACAAGAUAGUCACAACGCACAACGAUAAGUUCAUUAGAUUAUGGAAGUUUCGAAACUAGUUUUUCCCCAGCCUGGGAUUCAUGGUUCUUUGUUUUGCUCUUAUUUACUGUACAUAUUUUAGUAACUUUUUUUUUUUUGUGAUGAAUUUUGUGGUCAGCAUUGUGGAAUUAUGUAGAUACAACGUUUGAUUUCCAGUGAAAUUUCUAGGUUACAAUCCACUGGAUGGGGAUAAUAUUUUGGGUUCUUUUUAA